AUGAGUGUGGUGCUAGAAAGCGGGUCCACUGAAAACAUGCCCUGGAAAUCCUCAUCCCUCAGCGUUCUUCCACAAAUGGAACCUUGCGAGUUGGAUGGACUUUGUGGAAUGACCAUCGACUUGGAGCUGAAUCAAAAGAAAAGCUCGGUUCGACCAUUUCUUCGAGCUAAGGAUAAUCCAAAACCGAUAUUUGCUUUACUGUAUGGAUUUCAGCAAGUAAUGGUAUGCGUAUCUGCACUACUUACCGUACCCUUCUUAGUGACCGAUAGUUUAUGUGCUGGAAAUAGCAGUGCUAAGCUCCUAAACGAAUUGAUCAGCUCGACGUUUGUUGGCAGCGGUAUCUCGACGAUCAUCCAGACAAUGUUUGGAAUGCGACUGGCUUUACUUCAAGGCACAGCGUUUGCUUAUGUACCAUCUGUUCAAGUAUUUAUGGGAAAAUGCUCUACCAAUACGAGUGCGUACGUGCCUGAAGCAGAAUAUUACGGACGAUUAGCUUUAAUGCAAGGAUGUCUAAUGGCAUCAUCUUUGGUUCCAAUGUUGAUAGGUUUCACUGGUGUUGUUGGUGUGCUCACAAAAUUUAUAGGUCCGCUUACGGUUUCCCCGCUUAUGCUUCUCUUGGCAUUUUCCCAAGUGGAUACCAUGGUUACGAAAAUUAGCAUGCAUUGGGUGGCUAUAAUUCAAGCCAUCACACUAUUCAUUACGAUCCUUUAUUUGGCCGAUGUACUAGUCCCACUACCAGGCAUAAAAUAUGGCAAGCUACACUGGUACAGAACGAACUUAUUUGGGCAAUAUCCGUACCUCAUUGCUAUUGCGAUCUCAUGGGGUUUUUGCUUAAUCCUUACAUUGUUUGAUCUCACGGAACGGGGUGGCCCAGCACGUGUUGACAUUCCGCACAAGGUUCAAGCAAUAAAAAAUUCAGCCUGGAUAGCGGUACCGUAUCCUGGCAAGUUUGGUCCUCCGACGUUCAAUGUCAGCCUGUUCAUUGCCUUCCUUCUCUCCGCCAUGACUUCCGUCUUUGAAUCUGUUGGUGACUAUCACGCAGCAGCUCGAAUGUCCAUGGAAAGAGCUCCACCAAGUCAUGCCAUCAACAGAGGCAUCCUUGCGGAGGGAAUGGGAUCAUUUAUUUCUGGUCUUCUUGGACCGGCAGUAGGCAUGACUACCCAUACCGAGAACAUCGGUGUAAUUGGAGUAACUCGGGUGGCAUCCCGAUGGACAAUGGUCGUUGCUGGAGUGUUGUUGAUUGUUCUAGGAGUUUGCACAAAAAUUGGUGCCAUCUUGUCCACAGUUCCUGAUCCGCUAGUGGGUGGAAUUCUAGCGUCAUCGAUGGCUAUGGUAGUUGGAGUAGCUGUGUCAAAUUUGCAAACGGUAGAUAUGACUAUGUCUCGAAAUAUGGGAAUUCUUGGCUUUUCUAUGCUGUUUGGAAUGAUUGUACCGGAAUAUUUUCGACGAUAUCCCGUCUAUACUGGUUUCCAAAUGCUUGAUCAAAUUUUAAAUAUUUUGCUGCAACUACAAAUGUUUAUCGGAGCACUUUGUGCAUGUCUGUUGGAUAACACUGUAGGAGGUGCGACACGAGAACAACGCGGUUUACGAUCUCGAGGAAUCAUUCACGAAAUUGCAAUGGAUGAUGAUACAUAUUGCUACCCACCAUUAGUUAUGAAAUUUUUGAAUAAGAUUCCCUUCAUAAACUACUUACCAUGUAUGCCAAAAGAGAAAAAAGCAACAAAUAAAGUACACGAAUUCUCGUCGGAUGAUCUCAAAGCUGAUGAGGUGCGAUUAUGAUGCGGAGUCUGUGACUGCACAAUAAUCAAAUACGGUUAAAAAGCCAAUGAGCUUCUUUUCUCUCUAUCUUUCUUCUCUUUAUGAACUGUAUAAAUCUGUACAAUACAAUAAAUAACCUGUGAUUAUAUGAAAGACAUAUUUCAUUGAUAUACUAAUUGAUUAAUCAUUGCUUUACUUACGAUCAAUGAG